AUGGUGUUCGAUCUUUCCGAAGAGUUCUUGGCGCAGCAGAUCAGUGGGGUGCGCGUGGACGCGCGGACGCCAGAUCUGCGCUCAGGGACGCCCGCGGGCGCCUCGCGGGCACCGCCAUUGCUGGCCGCGCACUGGGAUCAGUGCGCGCGGAUCGGGCCUGCGUUCAAGGGUGGCUACAAGCGGCGGCGCGCCCGCGGCCUGCGCCCAAGGUGGAUUCCCAGCGCGCCUACGGGCAUGCCAUGGGAUCAAGAGGGCCCGUGGCGGAUUGCGCGGGACG